UCACGCAGCAAAAGCGUAUAAGCCCGAUGAACAAUGACUAUAUGUGCCCACUGUCUAAGUCUGCCAUGACAACGGUGCGUCUCGGAGCUUCGUUGUUCCCUGUCUUGAUAGUUUUAGAUGGCAACAGCGUGUUCCAACAAAGGGGCAGUGAGAAAGAAAGUGGCCCUGAGGGCAAGCUGCUCCUCGCGUUCAAGUCCUUCACGAGGAACAAGUCUCUGCAUCAUUGAACCUGCUUGGUUCCUGCUUAUGCACAGCAGUGCUUGGCUCCGGCCGCUUGCGGUUUCACUACGCCUCUCUUUCGAACAUGCGAGAGGACGAAGCAAGUCUUAUGAUUGAUGUCACAGAGGCAGACUCGACCCUUUUGAGCAUGAUUACGC